CGAAUGCGUCCGAUGUGAAUAAUUUAGUUGAUGUAGCAUCUGUCACUGAGCUUCGUCGUUGCAUGUUUCAACGUGUUUGCGAAUGCUUUGUUCUUUUCCGAGAGAAAAAGGAGAGUUUGCACGUGGAUUCACUUAAAAAACGGCGAAAUAAAUUUGACGCAGUGAACAGGCUUCUUGCAUUUUCCCUUUCAUUUUAUGGACAAUGUACGAGGUGCUUGAUCGCGUAUUGUGACGCCAUAAUACAAUACAUAAAUGUAAAGAUUGACGAUGACGUGUGGUUUGGCGUUCGAGCGCAUCCAAUCAGAAUGGGUUAAAUUCACGCGAUAUAAGUGUGAUAAGUAGAUACCACGAUUUUGUAACUAAGUUUCAAUCAAACUUCAGUUUCAUCUCUCAUCGGCCAUCGUCUACCUUUUUUACUUCUCAAAGAACAAGAUGACGAUGAAUGGCGAUGUGGCCCAUCACGUCAAUGGUGGCAGAUACAUACAAUCAAACGGAGUCCACACAACAGGUUCAAGUACCGUAAAAACCCUUGCUUGGUACAACGUCUCGUACAAGUUGUUCUUCGCUUUGGCAUUUGGAAUUCCUGCAUUGAUCUUGUGCUACUUUGGUUUACCUUUUUGGUUGUAUCCCCUGAUUGCAAUCGUUUGCCUGCUACCCGUCUUCCUAGGCUUCAUGUUGGUUUUCAAUUUGAUCGAUGCUCGUCGAUUUAAUAAGGCGUCGAGCAUUGGUGAUUUUGUGCAAUUUCACGACGAGUCGUUGCGAAAACGCUACAAUUCGAGGAAAAUACCUUUGGAAACGUUGGUCGAAGCGUACGCUGACGGGCUCGUCGAUUUCAAGGGCGAUGUUCUGGCGUGUUUUGAGAGACGAGAGCAGUUCUCGAAUUUCGCGCUGACGUGGAAUCACGUCAAAACAUUUUGUUGUAAUUUCAUUCCGGAGAUGCUCAGUCAUUCUCGCGUUCAAGAUUUGGACCAAGUGCGAGAUCAUUAUGACCGCGGAAACGAUUUUUACGAGGCGUUCCUCGGCUCUACGAUGAUAUACACGGCGGGAUAUCUGCGUAGGCAGGACGAGACCUUGGAGGAAUUGCAAAUGAAUAAACUGAACCGACUUUGCGACAAAAUCGGACUGAAAUCUGGCGAACGUAUAUUGGACAUUGGUUGCGGGUGGGGGACACUCGUCAACUUUGCUGCGGGCGAACGGGGUGCGGAUGCGACUGGCGUAUCCAUCAGCAAGAAUCAGGUCGCUUACGCGAAGACGAUCACCGAUGAGAAACAACUGAAACACAAAGCUAAAUUUCUUUGCAUCGACUAUCGUGACAUUCCUAAAGAAGGUCGCUACGAUAAGAUCACGUGCUUGGAAAUGGCCGAGCACGUUGGCAUACUUCAUUUCCAGUCCUUCAUAUGCCAGGUUCGUGAUCUCCUCGAGGAUGACGGUGUUUUCUUCCUGCAAAUCGCGGGUCUACGGCGCGCUUUUCAAUGGGAGGAUUUUGUUUGGGGCCUUUUCAUGGACAAGUACGUCUUUCCCGGUGCCGAUGCUAGUUGCCCUUUAAGUUUCGUCGUCCAGCAUCUUGAGGCAGCCGGAUUUGAAGUGGCGAACGUCGAGACCAUUGGCGUUCAUUACUCUUAUACCAUUCAUCGUUGGUACAAAAAUUGGAUACGACCGGAAGUAAAAUCUGCUAUUUGCGAAAAGUACGGAGUUCGGCUGUAUCGCAUAUGGGAGGUUUUCCUGGCUUGGUCAACGAUUAUCGCACGUCAAGGGAACUCUACUUGCUAUCAGAUCGUAUGUCAUAAAAAUCUAAACGGGUAUGAUCGAAGCAAGUUCUUCGCCAUUAAAGGAAGUUAGAUUUACAAAUGGUCCGUGAGCGGAUAUCACGCCAAAUAAUACACAAUUUAUGAAUUUCGUGAACGUACCGCAUUCAUAACAAAUAUUGCAACUUGUUUUAAGUGCUUUUGUCUGCCGCGUGUAUGAAUAUGACUCGUGUUUUGCCAGUGCAUUUAUCGUUAUUCUGGGGUUUUGGUUAGUGGAAAAAAAUUUUCACCUUGUUGUUUUCAAGGCCGUUGCAUGGCUUUUCUUACUUUUUUCGAAAAAAAAUGAAACGUGUUCUGUCAAGUGCCGGUUUCAAAAAUGCGGUUUUCCGUUUCACAUGUUAUUCUCAACCUAAAAUCAUUUUAAAAUUUCUAUACUUGACGCAUCAUAUCAACAAUCUAUCUUUUAAAAUCAACAACCUUGCAUGUGCGAAUGAUUUAUAUAUUCGAUUUAUACAUUGUUUCGAUAUGCCCGUUCGCCGACAUAUUCACUAGUGGUGAUGAAAAAUACGUUUUCUAGACAAAAAGUUAUGUAGCUACAAUAUUUAUGAUUUUCGGCAGAUCCUUACUCGCUAUAAAUCUAAUACAACCUGGGGUAGGUUGCACGAAUGCCGAAGAUUUAGCAAAAUAUUUUUUGGAACAUUUAGAAAAUGGUCUUUAAAAGGAAAAUAUAAGAUUUGAAUUGAGCAAUCACUAAAAUAAAAUACUGCUUCUAAGAUUACAAACUUUUUUUGGCGAAUGAGAAAUACACCCUUUUUAGAGUUUCAAAAUUUUACAAUGUAGUGGACAACGCUGUCCAGGCUUUCCUGCAACCCAUCCCUGGAGUUUCUUUUCUGAAUAUUUAAUCAAGGGGGACUAACUUUAGGGAAUUUCAUAAUUUAGAGGGAGGAAAUUCAAACAAAUAUUAUCGAUAUUUAGUUGUUCGUAUAUCAACGUGAUUUAAAUUGUCAAAAAGACAAAAUUAGACACAUUUUAUGGAAAACGUAAAUUAUGCAUGUUUUUGAAUUUUUCUUAUCGUAAGUCAUGAUUCAGGCAUUCAGAAACACAUCUGCUUCACUUAGCGUUGAUAAAAGAUAGAUAUUAGGCCUUCAGAAAAAUAAUUGGCCACAAUUCCCAAUAAAUGCCUGCGCUCGCAUCCUGGCGUUCAGCAGCCAACGGUCAUUCGCGAAGUGCGUGUUUGAGAGCUUCUAUUUCCACAUUGGGUUGCGGGCUCGGCCCUUGUAGAAAUGCGAGCUUUAUGGUUGUCCAGCGUCAUGGUGAGAUAUGGCAACGUUUCUACUUCAUGUUAACUAUCUUAAAUUGAAUUUCCAAAUAUUCACUUUACGUUAAGUUAUAACUUGUGAAUUAUAUGCAUUAUUACUUUGAAUUGGAGAAAUUGAACAUGUACUUUAUAUUAAUUGUGAUUGAACUUUUAGCGUUUUAUGUACUGAGUUUGUAUGUUUACAAAUACUAUUUCACCAUAUAUUAUAUGACUUCGUUUUAAAUACUUUA